AAUGUAGGGUGGGACUUCCUGUAGGCAACCCAAUGGUAGUUGGGAGUCCCUGAGCGCACUGCCCAUCACCCCCGCAAGGGGGCGGAACUUCCAUACAGAACUUGAAGCCGCGCAGGAAGGUCGGGCAAGGUGCUGGCUGAUUCGAAAUCCAUGUGGCGCGGGCUGAGCGCCCUGGCGACCCUGGCGGCGCGGACGCCUGGCAGGCUGUGCGCACGCCGGAGCAACGGUGCAGCGUCCUUGGCCCCCGGGAGCACCAUCUUCGCGCUCAGCUCCGGCCAGGGCCGCUGUGCCAUCGCCGUGAUCCGCACCAGCGGCCCGGCCAGCGGGCUCGCGCUCCGCAGCCUCACGGCGCCCCGGGAGCCGCCUCCCGCCCGCAGCGCCUGCCUGCGCCUUCUCCGGCACCCGCGAUCUCGGGAGCCGCUGGACCGCGCGCUCGUCCUCUGGUUCCCAGGCCCCCAGAGUUUCACCGGAGAGGAUUGCAUGGAGCUGCAUGUUCACGGAGGUCCUGCGGUGGUCAGCGGUGUCCUGCAGGCCUUGGGUAGUGUGCCGGGACUGCGGCCAGCUGAGGCCGGGGAGUUCACCAGGAGGGCUUUUGCACACGGAAAGCUGAGCCUGACUGAGGUGGAGGGGCUGGCGGACCUGAUCCACGCAGAAACUGAGGCCCAGCGGCGCCAGGCCCUGAGGCAGCUGGAUGGGGAACUGGGCCAACUGUGCCGGGGCUGGGCGAAGACCCUCACCAAGGCCCUGGCCCACGUGGAGGCCUAUAUAGACUUCGGGGAGGAUGACAGUUUGGAAGAGGGCGUGUUGGAGCAGGCCGACAGAGAUGUCCGAGCCCUUGAGGUGGCCUUGAGUUCCCACCUACAGGAUGCCAGGCGUGGGCAGAGGCUCCGCUCAGGGGCGCACGUUGUGGUCACUGGACCCCCCAAUGCGGGCAAGAGCAGUCUGGUGAAUCUUCUCAGCCGGAAACCUGUGUCCAUCGUGUCCCCAGAGCCAGGGACCACCCGUGAUGUGCUGGAGACUCCCGUGGACCUGGCUGGCUUCCCUGCCUUGCUGAGUGACACCGCUGGGCUGCGGGAAGGUGUGGGCGCCGUCGAGCAGGAGGGUGUGCGCAGGGCCCGCCAGAGGCUGGAGCAAGCUGACAUCAUCUUGGGGGUGCUGGAUGCCUCCGACCUGGGCUCCCCGUCCAGCUGCAGCUUCCUGGACACUGUGGUGGCCCCACUGGCAGCGCAAAGCAACAAGAGCGGAGGGCAGCGCCUCCUGCUGCUGCUCAACAAAUCUGACCUGCUGCCCACUAACGCCGGCCCGGCUAUGGACCCCGCCCUACCUCCACACCAGCUACUGUCCUGUCGCACCGGAGCCGGGCUAGACAGCCUCCUGCAGGCCCUGAGGACCGAACUGGCUGCGGUGUGUGGGGACCCAUCCACAGGACCUCCGCUCCUGACCCGGGCUAGGCACCAUCACCACCUCCAGCGCUGCCUAGAUGCCCUGGGCCACUUCCAGCUGGCCACAGACCUGGCUCUGGCGGCCGAGGCCCUGCGCCAGGCUCGCAGACACCUGAGCCACCUCAUAGGUGGAGGGGGCACCGAGGAGAUCCUAGACCUCAUCUUCCAGGACUUCUGUGUGGGCAAGUGACGGCCAGAGCCUGGGACUUAGCCUCAGACUUCCCACAAGGUCCUGAUGCAAGAUGGC